AUAUAAGAAGCGCUCUAAGAAGAAGGUGUCAGUUUGAGUGCCGGCUCUGGUUCUUCUUUCCUCCACUUCUUUGCUUCUUGUCAAGAUGGUCAAACUCUCCCCGAAUAGUGUCAUCACUUCUGGCAGCAUGAAAAUGCCGAUUUUCGGUUUGGGGACAUGGCAGUCGACCCCAGAAGAAAUCGAUAUCGCUUUGAAUGCGGCAAUCGACGCAGGUUACAGGCAUAUUGACACCGCCUAUGCAUACUCUAAUGAAGCUGCCAUUGGUGCUUCUCUUAAAAAGAUUUUCGAAAGUGGAAAAAUUACCAGAGAAGAACUGUUCAUUGUUACAAAGUUACCAUUAAACGGAAAUAGAUUUGAACAUGUUGAACUAUUUCUGAAGAAGUCCCUUGAAAACUUGCAAUUAGACUACGUUGAUCUUUACCUUAUCCAUUGCCCAGCGGGCGUGCAGUUUAAAGGAAUGGAUCAACUUUUACCAAUGGAUGAGAACAAGAAACCUUUAAUUGACUACAGUACCGAUCUAUUGAAGUUAUGGGAAGGUAUGGAGGCUCAAGUUGAUGAUGGACGAGCAAAAAGCAUUGGUUUAUCGAAUUUCAACCAAAGCCAGAUCAAAAGAAUUGUCGAAAACUGUCGUAUUAACCCAGCAAACCUUCAGGUGGAAAUGCACAUCUACCUCCAACAGAAAGAGUUGCUGUCUUUCUGCAAAGAGAAGAAUGUGACAGUGUGUGCCUAUUCCCCGCUAGGAUCUCCCGGCUUUAAACCAUUUUUAGAGAAAGUUGGCUUGCUUACUGAUAAGACAAAAUUUUUAUAUCCUAUGGAAGAUCCAGUAAUCAUAGAAAUCGCCAAGAAGUAUAACAAGCAACCUUCCCAAAUACUCUUGAGGUAUCUGAUGGAAUAUGGAGUAGCAGUUAUUCCAAAAAGCACUAAUCCAUCAAGAAUCAAAGAAAACAUUGACGUAUUCGACUUUGAAUUGUCGAAAGAAGAUUUCGAAAAGAUAAGCGCCUUGGACCGCGGCGAAGAAGGAAGGACAAGCGGUGGUAGUGGCACUUUUGCCUUCUUCAACUUGUUGGAAAGUCAUCCUGAGUACCCAUUUCCCAAAUAAAUUUGGAUCACUACUUUAUGCAUUCGAGAGCGUAUUUAACAAUAUUGUUUGCCUUGUGAAGUUUUACUAGUACACGAUGUUUGAACAGUGUGAAGACGGUUUGUACCUGACGUAUAUUAACUUUUAUUUUAAAUAUAUUUUUUUAUUUAUUAUGUACACAAAGGUACCUCCUUGUUACUUCCUCACCCAAUUAAGAAAAGUAGAAAAAAAACAUUGUUGCCCUUUAUUUAGGAUUAUUGUAUUUUUAAUGUUUUGCGAACUUUUUCGUAGGUUUUUUGUUCUAUGGCAAUUAUGUUACCAAUUGUUCAAAAUAAAAAAUCUUUCUUUUCAAAUUUA